CUGAGUAUUUUUCUGCAAACAGCUGGCUACAUUCAUCGCACGGGGAAUUGAAAAGCAAUAAAUACCGAGUUAUUUUUGUCAGUUUUUCUUUCCUAACAAUCAGACAGUGUCUGCAGUCAGCAUAACCAUGUCGCACACAAUUUUACUUGUUCAACCAACCAAGAGACCAGAGGGCCGCACAUAUGCUGACUAUGAGUCAGUGAAUGAAUGUAUGGAGGGUGUUUGCAAAAUGUAUGAAGAGCAUCUUAAGAGGAUGAAUCCAAACAGUCCCUCCAUAACAUACGACAUAAGUCAGUUGUUUGACUUCAUUGACGACUUGGCAGACCUGAGCUGUCUGGUAUACAGAGCGGACACUCAAACAUACCAACCAUACAACAAAGACUGGAUCAAGGAGAAGAUAUAUGUCCUGCUGCGGCGUCAGGCUCAGCAGGCAGCAAAGUGAACGCAUCAGUAAGGAGUUGUCCUGCUAAACACUUGGAAGGAGUUUAUGCUGCACUAUUUUUCUACAGUGUCUUGAAGAUCUGUGUAUAUGGACAACAUUGUCAGUUUGACAAAGGGAAGGGUUUACAUACUACACCAUACAUUGGGAAAGGAAAGGGUUUGAAAACUGGGGAAAUUUCCAAAAUGUGGGGCUUUAUAUAGAAAGGGAGUCGUGCUCUGCCGCCUACGUAUGUUUGUUAUUAGUUACACUAAGGUCUUGGUGGGGAGAAUGACUGCCACGACUAACUUAUUGGAGUGUGAUCUGUGCUUGGAGAAAUGUUCCUGGACUAGGUAAAAACUGUUUUUUUUGUUUUAGUAGUGUUUUUGUUUCCCUAGAAGUGGUUACAUUUUCUUAUAUACAUUUACUGAGCAUUUGGAUUUCGACAUUCUUUUCACUGUGAAUGCCGGUUAUUUUACUUUUAAAUAAAAUAAAUAAUCUGCAUUACUGACUCCAGAAGAUUUACUUUACAUAUUCCAUCUAUGAUUUCUGUCACUGUAUCCUACCAUCAUGGUGGAAAUGCUUCUUUUUUUUUGUAAACAUGUUGAUUUAUAAUAACGCAGUUUGAGUUUUCUUUGAUUUAAACAAAAAUAAAGUAUUGUUU